AUAUAGUCGGUUUGCCAUUGAGGCAAACCUAUAUUUAUUGUGGAGAGCUCUACGGGCGCCUCUGGUCCCGCCUUGAUGGGAGCCAUGACGUCACACUUUAAAGGAGUCCGGGCUGCGAGCUCCCCACUUCUCUGUGAAUUUGUCAGAGUUGAGGUUGUGCAGAAAGUCGCAUCCUCGUCACUCUGCAGCUGCAAGUAAAGAUUCGAAGACAAUGAUGGAGUUUAUUACAGCAAACCCUCUCUAUACCAUGAACACAUCAGAUAUCAGUGUAAUGAAUGGUAGUUAUGACGAUGAUGAAGAGUACGACUACAAGGAUGAGCACGCUGAGCUGAGACAGUCACUAAACAUCAUGUCUCUCAUUGUUUACUGCCUGGCCUUUGUUCUUGGUGUGCUCGGGAAUGGAGUGGUCAUCUGGGUGACCGGCUUCAAAAUGAAGAAAACAGUGAACACAGUUUGGUUCCUUAACCUUGCUGUGGCCGACUUCCUGUUCACUGCAUCCCUGCCGCUCAGCGUGACGUACACAGCCAUGGACUUUCACUGGCCCUUUGGCAACUUCAUGUGCAAACUGAAUAGCACUGUUAGCUUCUUGAACAUGUUUGCCAGUGUCUACAUCCUGGUAGUGAUCAGCGUGGACAGAUGCAUUUCUGUGGUUUGGCCUGUCUGGGCCCAGAACUACCGGAGUGUCAGCAAGGCGUCCUUUGUGAGUCUGGGUGUUUGGAUACUGGCUCUAAUUCUCAGUGCUCCAUAUUUCAUCUUCAAAGACACUGGGCCAUCAUAUCAUAAUGAAGACAUCAUCAACUGCUUCAACAACUUCGCCCUUUCCGAUGACUAUGAGACACCGUCCGUGAACCAGCUGCGACAGUUCCGUCACCAGACCAUGACCAUCACUCGCUUCCUUCUGGGAUUUGUUGUCCCCUUCACUGUCAUUGUCUCCUGUUACGCUGUGAUCAUCCAUCGUCUUAGAAGGAACCGCACCCUGGCCAGCCACUCAAGUCGUCCCUUUAAGAUCAUUGCUGCUGUCAUCACCACCUUCUUCCUGUGCUGGGCUCCUUAUCACAUUAUGGCUCUGAUUGAGAUGGUCAACCACACAGCAAUCCAUUCAAGUGACUUAUUGGACCAUAUCAUCACCAUCGGUGUCCCUAUAGCCACCAGCCUGGCCUUUCUCAACAGCUGCCUGAACCCACUGCUUUACGUCUUUAUGGGACAAGACUUCAAAGAAAAAGUGCGCAAGUCCAUCCUGAAUGUGUUGGAGUCUGCCUUUCAGGAAGAGGUCUCUCGCUCUUACACUUACACAAACUCUAUGGUCACAAGUCGGAGUAAAGAGAAGUCUGUCUCUGAUGCUGAGGUAUGAGAACCUCAAUGAUACAGGUGAACAGUUGUGUGUAGCAAAAUAUGUAAAAACUUGUUUUUCUAAUACACACAAAUUGAACUCAUGGAUUUAACCUGAUGCUUUUACAUGUUGUGAUUAGCAUGAUAUUAGUAGUCAGCUCUAAAAAAAAAAA